AUGAACUCGGACUACAAGCCCUUUACGACGACCAAGCCACUCCUCAGCGACCUCCUGACAAUUGAAUCUACUGUGUCGAUAUUCUACUCUUACGCUCGUGAACUGGAACUGAGUAAGAUGCUCGAUGCUGAGGAUUCCCGAUUGACGGUGCUGGUACCGACGAAUAAGGCGGUGAUGGCUCUAGCGAAGAAACCACACCAAGGACCGGUGCCCAUUGAUGAUGGCAUUGUGAUCACGGACGAACAAUUUGACAAGGAGUCGAAGUCGAACGUCAAGAGAUGGGUAUCUGCACAUAUCAUACCGAAAUACCCGCUGGACCUGCAUACGUCGGCGACUUAUAAGACUUUGCUCGACGGGAAGUCGGUGGAAUUCGAGGUCAAGGGUGACGGCCAGAUAGUCAUCAACGGUGACAUCCAUGUCAAGGAUAUCAAAGAGGCUGGGAAUGGCGUUAUAUAUCUUAUCGACGGCACUAUUUCGGUCGAUUAGCUCUCUUCUGCCUAUGCACAACAUUACUGUAUAAUCAUGUGUAUAUCUUUAGACCUCAGCCUGCUAUAUCCAACUAUGUCCGGCCCUGCACUGGCUUUCUUUCGGUGCAGGUGCUCUAUCAGCGAUUACUUGGCAACCAGUGUUGGAGGUGAUGUACGCUACAUAUUCUCUGCAACUUGAGUCGUGCUCCACGAGUGGACUUGCUCAAUCUCCAGCGUCUCUCGAUACAGAAGCCUCUAGCACUUCGAAUCUCUUUCUCCUAAAUGUGGGACAUCGUCUAAACACAUGACCAUAAUGUACCUUCUUCUACACAUGCGGCUACUAUUAGAUACAACAACAUUACUGACUGUGAAAUUACCAUUAU